AUGGAUUUGGUCAUGGAUUCAAUCAAUGCAUUUAACUGGACCACAGAGGAAACUACGAUUUGUGGAAACGGAUCACUUUGCCAGGAAAGCAUUCUGAUUAUUUUGGCAGGCCCUGAGUCUAUCAUUGUGGCAUCUAAGGGCUGUAUCCCUGACAGGUUACAGCAGGUAACCCUUGUCCGACAUGCUUCAUUCCCUGGCUUGAAGGUGGUGUCCUUCAGUAACUUCUGUGAGGAGAACUAUUGCAACAACAGACCCAGGAUACCUCCAUUAUGGAUCCCACCAGAAGACCGUCCAGUUCCCAAGACAGCACAAACCCACUCUUGUCCAACCUGCUUGGCUCCAGGGACCUGUUCCAAUGCCCCUUCCAUACCCUGCCCCAGGGAGGCAACUCGAUGCUAUCAAGGAAAAUUCCAGCUUACAGGAGGCGUCUUCAAUUCAUCUGUGGAGGUCAGAGGCUGCACCGCCAUAAAUGGUUGCAAGCUGAUGGGUGGGAUCUUCACCAUCGGAGUCAUAGAGGUAGAGGAAGUAUGCCCCCAAGAGUCUUUCACUCAGUUUCGAAGGGCUGAAAAUGGAGCCACCAGGCCUCCCAUUUCCUUUUGGGGCUUAGAGCUUCUGCUGCCAUUGAUGUUGCUGCUGCUGCUGCUGUUGCUGCAACCACUUACCCUGAGAAGUUGA